CUUUUUAUAAAAAAAAAAUUACUCUCAUUUAACUGAAAGUGAUAAGGAGGACUCGUGUUAAGAAAAUUAUUUGUUUUUUGUUGUAUUGACAAUAAUUAUCAAGACGUUGAUCGCAAAUUUAAGUCGUGUCAGGCAGUCGUUUAAUUUAAUUAACAAGAGGAAAUUAUGAUAAUUAUACAAAAUUAGAUCAGUUUCAUAUACACUUUCGAUCAAGAACAAGAAAAGACACAGUUGCAUGUUAAAGAUUUGUUAGAAGUGGUGGUCUGAUGAGCCGUGAUUCCUGCUUCAACAUAGAGGAUUAGUUGACUGUCCCUGUCUCUGAUGUUGUGAAUCUUUGUAGACCUGUCAAGAACUAGUUAAACAGUGCUUCUUAUUAAGAUAUUGGAUUUUUAAUGAACAAAUUAUUCCUAUUCGAAACAGUGUCAUCAUUAUUUAAAAGGACUACUAUUAAUUAAAAUAGGAAAAAGGGACCAUAUAAAAAGUACGUAAAUCAGACAUACUAAUAUCGACUAACAUUUCCAGGCCAUGCUGAUAGUUAAAUACUGAAAUGGCAGCGAUUAACAUUUUUCAGUGUUUUCUGCUUUUGAACAUUUAUUCCGUAAUUGAUGGAAAUUCUGUGGUUUACAAUGUUGAUGAAACAGACACCCCUGCAACAUAUAUUGGAACUAUAUCUAAUAGUACUAACUUAAAGGACUUAGCCGGAAAGGAUGACUUUGGAAAUCUUAAAUAUACUUUUCUUGGAACAGAUAGCCAGAUUUUAUCCCUGUUCAAGAUAGAUGAGAGAACGAGCAGAUUGGAAACAAAAGGCAUAUUAGACAGGGAAUCAGUUUGUGAAUUUACUAAAAUCUGUUCACUGAGCUUAGAUAUAGCUGUUCAAUCUACGAGGACCAGUUUCUUCCUAAAAAUUCCAGUAAAAAUUAAUGUUAAUGACUUGAAUGACAAUGCUCCAGUUUUUGAUAAACCAAACAUAACUUUGUCUUUAUCAGAAGCAUCUUUAGUUGGUACCAAGGUAACAAUAGAUGGCGCCAGAGACAGAGACACUAGUGAUACUUAUUCCCUCCAAACCUAUCAGGUUUCUCCUGCCAACACACCAUUUUCGAUAGAAUUUGAGAAAAAAUUGGAUGGAACUUCAAUUGUCCGAUUGAAAGUUGAGAAAUCUUUGGACCGUGAAACAAAGAGUUCUUAUCAACUUGAAAUUGUUGCCAAAGAUGGCGGGACACCUCCACAAUCUGGUACCCUUUUCGCUAACAUCCUCAUCACUGAUGUCAAUGACAACCCGCCAAACUUUGAGAAAUCUCAAUAUGACAUCACCGUGAAGGAGGAUGUAAACAUUAGCUCUAUUAUCGGCACCAUCAAAGCUGUAGAUCUAGAUGAAGGUGGUAAUGGUAAGGUGACGUACAGGCUCUCGUCUCAUCAGUCUGACACAAUUCUUAACCUCUUUUCAAUAGAUCAUUUAACUGGGGAAUUACGAGUGUCUAAAAAACUUUCAUAUGCUCCAGGGAAAAAAUAUCAAAUAAUAAUAGAAGCUAGUGACACUGCUGAUCAGCCACUGACAUCACAAACUCGUGUUAUUGUAGUUGUUGAAGAUGUCGGAAAUAGUGCACCUGUAAUUGUUGUCAACCUGUUAUCUGGCUCUAAUGUAGCUCAUAUCACAGAGUACGCUAAUAAAGGAACUGCCGUUGCUCACAUUAGCAUCGAGGAUGAUGACACGGGGGAUAAUGGUAAUGUCUAUUGUACAAUGAUGUCUGACUAUUUCGAAUUGAUGUUACUUGGGACUAAGGAAUAUAAUGUUGUUGUGAAGCAAAAACUUGACCGUGAGAAAAUUCCAAACCACCGUGUGUCAAUUUCAUGUCAGGAUAACGGAAAGCCACCUUUUAAUGUAUCAUCUGAGUUUAACAUUGAAAUUGAUGAUGAAAAUGAUAGUCCCCCAAAGUUUUCAUCUAUUCAAUACACAGAGACAAUAUUUGAAGGGAACAAGAAAGGAGAUGUAAUCGUACAGGUAUUUGCUCUAGACAGUGAUCAAGGUAAAAAUGCAGAAAUUUACUAUUUCCUUGACAAUGAGGGGAGUAAAAUAUUCUCUGUAGAUUCUACAACAGGAGUAGUAAGGGCUAGUAUUGAGUUAGACAGGGAACAAACACCAACCAUAACCACCAAGAUAUUUGCUAUUGAUCAGGGGACACCAUCCAUGACUGGUACUGCAGAUAUUGUAGUUAAGAUUUUAGAUCUGAAUGACAAUUCACCAAAGUUUGAGAAAGAAGUAUUCUCAAUGGAAGUUUUUGAGAAUAAAGAGUCAGGAAUUGAAAUAGGACAGCUUUUUGCACGAGAUUUAGAUGAAGGUGACAAUGCAAAAAUAGUGUUCAAUCUACCAAAAGGUACACCUAUUGACUUACCAUUCCUAGUACUACCACAUGGUCAGAUAACAACCAACAAGGUCCUGGAUAGAGAAACACAGCCAUCCUAUGGAUUUUAUGUCAUAGCCUAUGAUUUAGGAUAUCCACCAAGAACUAGUACUGCCAGUGUUGUGGUCACAGUAAAAGACAUGAAUGACCACCGUCCAGAAAUCAAAGGUCCUAACUAUGCCAACAAUACCUUCUCUAUAAGCCAGACAUCCAAAGCUGGUCGUAUCAUCACCACCGUAGUAGCAUACGAUAAAGACAAGGAUCAAAAUAGUGAUUUGGUCUUCUCCAUUUUGAAUACUGCUGCUUAUUUCUCCAUCGAUCCGAAAAGUGGUGCUAUAUUUUUAGAAAAAGACAUUGAUGUGAAACCGGGGACCACAUUCAGUUUAGAAAUAGAGGUAUCUGACAAGGGUGUUUAUCCCCAGAAAAGUUUUAUGACCUUGACAGUUGUGAUAGGAACAGGAGAUCAAACUGCUGCAUCGAACACUACUAACAUGGUUAUCGUGAUUGUUCUUGUAUCAUUGACAAUUGUAGCAUCGACAAUUAUCAUUGCCGUUAUUAUUUUCUUACGGAGAGUUGAUAGAAAUGCCAAAGCGACUAAAUCAAAGUCAGACUAUUAUUCUGGUGGACAUGUGAUUGACCCAAGUGUUACAGUUUUCUCACUCCCCGAUGAUUCGAUACUCUGUAGCGACAAGAAGAAAAAGAAGGAAGUCAGUUUCUCCAUUGAUGAUGAUCAGGAUCACGUAGAUGCUUUACAGCUUCCUUCAAAGACAAACCAUCCAUUUGAUAAAAUGUUUGUGGAUAAAGAUAAAAGACAAGGAGAUGAUAGUCACAGUAUAGGAUCUACCAGUGAUAGUGGGCGGGGUAACAGUGAUGAUGAAACCAGUCGAUCACCACAUUCUACAGGCAACAGAACGCAGCAUAAAGGAAAACAGGGAAAACAUUCUGGAAACUCAGACUCAUUGUUCUCACCGAGAAAAAUCUCACAUUCCCAACCCCUGCUGUAUAGUCCAUCUAAAAUGAACGAACAGCACGGGUCCAGACAAUUAAAGUAUCAUACAGACAAUCCGAGAAAUAUUUUUCAUUUCGACCAACAAGAAAAUGGACCAGUGAUUGACUGUGUAGUCUGACCAAUCAAAUACUGUCUUGACUUUACCGCCAUAGUGUUGUCUGUGAUAUAACUUUAAAAUGUGUUCAAAAACAAUAUUUAUGAAACUUUAAAUGUUGUGUUAUGUGAGUGCUGUUUUGAUUCUACAAAAUAUUGACAUGAUUUCUACAAAACAUUUUGACGUGGAAUUGUAAUGAAGAAUACAUUCUGACUCUGCUCUAGACGAGCAAAAUAUGAAAAUCCAACAAUCUUCCAAUUAUGAAACUCUGUACAUAUAUGGGGGAAACAUUGAAUAAAGCUAUCAAAUUAAAAAAAAAAGUGAUGUUCUCCAGUUUGAAGGUGGAUAAAACUGGUGGAAUUGGUUGAAGAAAAUUGUAGUACCUCAUACUGUAUGGAAGAGCUGAUGUAAAACCAAUUAAAGACAGGAUUGUAAAAGGUUUUCCAUGAACAUCUUUUG